UGGCCCAGCCUGGGCAUGUGCGUUUGGUUCUGUUUGUCUCCUGACUGCUCACAAUGCCCUUGCUUUGUCUUUCAGAAAGACUUGACCUACCUGCAGCAGUGGCUGGAGGCAUUUGUCAUGAACUUUGAGAAGAUCAUCACUGUGCAAUCUCUGGAGCCAAGAAGGCCAGAAGACUCCAUCUCCGAGAUCCCACUGCUCCCGCGUGACGUCCUGCACGUGCUGAGCCAACAGCUGACGCACUGUGUGGCCCAGAUCUCCUGCGAAGAGGCAGCUGAGGCAGGCCUCAGCCAAGCACUACUACUUGUCAAGUUUUUUAUCAUCAUCUGCAGGAAUUUAGAAAACGUCCAGACAGACAAGACUCUGGUUUUCAUCCAUGAGGUGCUUCGCUUGCUGGUUGCCUGUACAAACAAGCUGAAGAACACCCAUGAGCCGUGUGCGUCCUACAGGUCUCAGCUUGAGAAUGUCACCACCUAUGCUCUGCAUCUCUACGAAUGCCUCUUUGACCCAUACCAGACUUGGAGGAGACAACUGAGUGGAGAAAUUGUCAGCAUGCAAGAGAAGAGCAAGUACAAGUUCCCACCUCCUGCUUUGCCUCUGGAGUUUGGUGCCUUCUUUCAAGGGAGCUUCCAGGACAGCGGGCAGCUUCCCGAGGCGCUCCAGUUGCGCCUCAUCCACCUCUUCGGUGCUGUUCUUUCUGGAGCCAAGCAGAACGCCCUCCUGGUGAUCACGCCAGCCGCAGUGGAGGCACUCAUGCUGGUGCUCCUCAGGUGGUGCUCCCCAGGGGACAGUGCCCCCCAGGACCCCCAGCUGCUGCAGCUCACCCUUAAGAGCCUAGUGGGGAUGAUUCACGUCCUGCACGCCAGCAGCCCGGGCCAGCGCAAGGUGGAGAUCAGGGCCAUCCUGGACAGCUACUUCAAGGUCCUCAACUCUGACCAGCCAAUGGCAGCACUGGAGGGGGCAGCAGCAGCACGCUGGGAAGACAAGCUGAUCACGCUCAGGGUUAACAUGCUGGAUGCCAUUCCAGAGAUGCUGAAUUGUGGCGACAGACCUGUCCUGCAAGCAAUAUUCCUCAGCAACAACUGCUUUGAACACAUCAUCCGCCUGAUCCAAAAUAGCAAGCUGUACGUGAGCAGUAAGUGUGAGGCAGAAGAGCUGGGGAGCGAUCUCGCCAUGCGAUUGCUGACCGAGAUCGAUGUCCGGAAGGUCUUCAGUAGCAGCUCUGAUGCCAUCGUGGUCCAUGCCAUUGGAGUGCUCACCUCCAUCAUGAGCAAUUCACCCUCAGCCAAGGAAGUGUUUAAGGAAAGGAUCGGCUAUUCCCACCUCUACGAAGUCCUGAAGAGCCAGAGCCAGCCCACCAGAACGCUGCUCCAGGAGCUCCUGAACAUGGCAGUGGAAGGCGACCACAGCUCCUUCCCCAUCCGCCUCAUCCGCAAUGAGCAGCCACUGCUGAUACUCAUUGCAUGGCUGCCAGACCUGAUGUCGCGAGACCUGCAGGUGUUCCUGUCCGACUGGCUGAAGAGGAUCUGCAGCGCCUCCCCACAAAGCCGCCUGACCUGUGUCAAGGCGGGCAUGGUCAGCUGCAUCCUGGAUGCCCUGGGUGCCGAGCAGGCACUGGACAGGAAGUGCUCAGAGAACCUCAUAGACCUCCUCCAGGUGCUAGGCAGCCUCUCCAUCAGCCCAGGGGAGCUGCGCCAGCUCAUCAAGCUGCUGUGGACUGAAAGUGGGAGCGGGGCUCACCCCUAUGCCACACAGGUCAUUCGGGCACUCUCAGGCAUGGCCCGCAAGGACAGGCCAGAGCGGGCCCUGCAAUACUUCGACCUGACGCCCAGCAUGGCAGGCAUCAUGGUGCCACCCAUCCAGAAGUGGCCAGGCAGCGGCUUCGCCUUCCACGCCUGGGUCUGCCUGAAUGAGGAGCCCAUGGACAACAUGGAGCAGGGAGCGAGGCUGAAGCGGAAGCAGCUGUACAGCUUUUUCACAGCCAGUGGCACAGGCUUUGAGGCCUUCUUCACCACUGAGGGUAUGCUGGUGGUGGCAGUCUGCACCAAGAAGGAGUACAUGACAGUGACCCUCCCAGAAUUCCCCUUCAACGACUCUGCAUGGCACUGCAUCGACAUCACCCACAUCAUGGGCCGCCGGCCUUUCGGCCAGAACCUGGUGAACAUCUACGCAGAUGGGCAGCUGAGGAAGGUGGCGCAGCUCCGCUUCCCCUCCCUCAAUGAGUCAUUCACCUCCUGCUGCAUCGGCUCCGCUGGGCACCGGACAACGACCACCUCCACCCUCUAUCCCCUGCCUUCCCACUCACCAGACCUCACCUUCAGCACCCACCCCUCACUCUGCCGCUCCCAGUCCUUCCCUGCCUCCCUGGGGACACAUGCCUGGACGCCUGGGUCUAUCCAACCCCUCCGGGAAGGCCUGGUAUCCACGACAGCAGCAGGGAGCCAAGACAUGGAGUGGGGGACACCAACCUCCCUGGAGGGGCACCUGGGGUUGGUGUCCAUAUUCUAUGAAGCCCUGCAGCCAGCCCAGGUCAAAGUGCUGUUCUCCUCAGGGCCCAAUGUCACAUCUCCAUUCAAGCCUGAAAGCGACUUCUUGGAGCUCAGCAGCAAGCUGCUGCUCUUCUACACCCCCCAGGCCUGCAAAAAUAACAUCUGCCUGGAUCUUUCUCCAAACCACUUUUUUGAUGGGCGGUUGACUGGGCACAAGGUGGUGAACUGGGAUGUCAAGGAUGUUGUCAACUGCAUUGGGGGCAUGGGGGUGCUUCUGCCACUGCUGGAGCAAGUGGCAGCUAAGAAGAAGGAAACUGAAGAGAACCAGGAAACACAUGACCUGGUUGGUCCAGAGUUGACAUCUUCCAGGAACGCCCAGGGCAUGCUCAUCCCCCUCGGGAAGUCCUCAGAGGGCAGGCUGGAGAAGAACAGUGUGGCUGCCUUCCUGCUGCUGGUGAAGAACUUCAUCCGCCGCCACCCUGUGAACCAGGAGAGCUUAGUGCAGUGCCACGGGCCAGCGAUCAUCGGAGCCCUGCUGCAGAAGGUCUCCAACCUGAUGAUGGACAUGAAUGUGCUGAUGGCAUCCGAGGUCCUGAUGGAACAGGUAGCCUCUGAGAGCAAUGGCCUCUUGCUGCAUCUCCUCUACCAGUACCUGCUCUUCGAUUUCCGCAUCUGGAGAAACAGUGACUUUGCCGUUCGCUUGGGUCAUAUUCAGUAUUUAUCCAGGAUCCUCAAGGACCACAGGCAGAGAAUCCACAAGAAGUACGGGGUGCAGUACAUCCUCGACUCCAUUAGGACGCACUACGGCACUCGCAGAGAGAAGCCGAUCCCAGCAGACGACGUCAAGACAGUGCAGACAUCCCUGUUCAGCCUGGUGAAGGACUUCCUCUCCCGGAACUUCUCUGCUGACGAGAUGCAAAGCACCUUGAACUACCUGGCUGGAGUCCAUGACGAGCACCAGGUGUCUGGGGCUCUGGAGGUGAUCCAUGGCUUGCUGAAGGGGGCACCCUCUCAGGACCAGCUCUACGCCUUCCUCUUUGAAACUGGCAACGUGGAGGUCUUCUUCUCACUGCUCGUCCAGAAGAAGUUCUCAGAUGAUGUGCGGGAGAGAGUCUUCAAGAUCCUGUACAAGAUGCUGAAGUAUGAAAAGGUUCACGAGCGCAGCAGGCAGCGCCUGAAGCUGAAGGACAUCGGCUACGAAGGGCUCAUCGGGAGUCUGAACGAUGUGCCAGUCUCUAUGUUGCUCUUCCGCUGCCUUCUGGAGCAGGUCCUUGGAUCAGACUCUCCCAACUACAAGGACCUGGUGGCUGUGGUCUACCUGUCCCACCGGGCCGAGCUGACAGUCAGGCUGGACAUCUGCCGGAAGCUGUUCCACCUCAUCUACUCCCAACAAGACAUGGUGAGGCAGCUGGCAAAGCUGGUAGGCUGGCAGGACACGCUCACGAAGCUGUAUGUCAAGGAGUCCUAUGAAUCCCGCCAGCACAGCCUUAGCAGCUCCGGCGGCGGGGGUUGCCUCAACCUCCUGAAGUUCUCCGAGCCCCUGGGCAAGGACUUGGGUCCUGAGGCUGGGAAGGAGCUGCUGGACAGCAUGGGGCCUGCCUCCGCCGAUCUGCAGGACCUGGACGUCUUCCUACCACUGGGCUUUGAGGCCUCAGACCAGGAGCUGUCCGAGGGGUUCUCGGACCACUCCAUCUCCCCAGCUGGCCGAACCAAAUCCUUCCACUCCUACAACUUCAAGUCCUUCGACUCGCUGGACCGCCCCAGCCACUCUUCCUCCUCCAACACCAUCGACAUUCCUGGGCAGGGGGAUGGGCCCCACAUUGAUGCCCUGCCAUUUGAUGGCAUCUACCACCCACUCUCUCCUUUUUCCAUGUCACCCUUUGACCUUGGCCUCGAACUCGGCAGCACCAGCUCUGUCACCACAGUAGAGAGUGGGAACCAGACCCCAGGGAGCCAGCCAGGGACCCCGUCCCCACUAGAGAAUUUCAAGCCCUUCCCAGGGAUGCGAGCUCGGAAGAGCUCCAGCCUCUCCAAUGUGCUGGACGCGAGCAGCUACCAGGAGACGCUGCCCAGCGAUGACGUCUCCAACACGAGUAACCCCCAGCAAACACCUGAGGAGGAGCUGUGCAACCUGCUGACCAACAUCAUCUUCUCAGUGACCUGGCGUGGGGUGGAGGGCUGGGACGAUGCAGCCUGGAAGGAGCGAGGGCAGGUCUUCUCAGUCCUCACCAAGCUGGGGACAGCCUGCGAGCUGGUGCGCCCACCCGAUGAAAUCAAGCGCAGCCUCCUUGAGAUGAUGCUGGAGUCGGCCUUCACAGACCUCAAGGAAUUAGCCCCAGCGGCUUUGCCCAACCUCACCCAGAAUGCGCUAAAGUUGCUGCGGCUUCUCCAGGAUUUCCUGUUCUCCGAGGGACACAACAACCAGGCCCUGUGGAGCGAGAAGAUCUAUGAAGGUAUGAACAGCUUGCUGGACAAGUUGGGCGUGUGGUACCACCUGGCCAACGGGACCUCGGACCUGAAAGAGAUGGCUCAGAUCGGCCUGCACAUCCUCAUCGGGUACAUCAUGCUGGAGGACACGCAGCUCCACGCUUUGGCCUAUGUGAAGCUGCAUAGCCUGCUCCAGACAGCCUCAGCCCCCAAGAAGGAGGAGGCCUGCUACCUGUUAGGAAAGCUGGAGAUGCCCCUGCAGCGCUCACUGCUAUCCAAGGUGGAGACCUUCUCUUGGUUGGUGUCCAUCAUCCGGACACUGAUGAACCAGUGCUACGACACCCUGCAGCUGCAGCACUUCCUGCCCUCGCUGCCCCCCACCAACGGCAGCCCCACCUUCUACGAGGACUUCCAGCUCUUCUGCACCACGCCUGAGUGGAGGACCUUCAUAGAGAAACACGUGCAGCCCACGAUGGCACAGUUCGAAAUGGACACAUUUGCCAAGAGCCACGACCACAUGUCCAACUUCUGGAACUCCUGCUACGACGCCCUGAUGAGCAGCUCCCUGCGCAGGGAGCAGGAGAAGGCAGAGAGCAGGAAGAAAUUCCAGGAGCUGGUUCUGGAGCCAGUCCAGAAGCGCUCCAAGUACGAGAACAUCCGGCACACCAAUGUCCUGAAGCAGAUCGCCAACCACCACAGCACCGUGCUGAAGCAGUGGAAGUCACUACGUCGCCUGCUCACCUCCCAGCGAUCAGCAUGGGCCACCCGGGACUCGCCCCAGAUGCACUGGAAGUUGUCGAGCGCCGAGACCUACUCGCGAAUGCGACUGAAGCUGGUGCCCAACUACAACUUUGACUGCCACCAAGAGGCUAGCGCCCUGCGAGACAACCUAGGUGCAGAUCAUCUGCAGACCUCUGCCGAGUCUCUCCCGCUAGCAGUGGCCAAGGAGGCGAAGGUGAGCGAGCUGGAGGAUGACCAGCUGGCGGAGGAAGAUCUCGCCAUCCUGGACAACCACGCUGAGCCCAAGGAGCAGAGCCAGAGGGAAAAGCUGGUUAUCUCGGAGGACUGCGAGCUCAUCACCACAGUGGCUGUGAUCCAGGGGCGGCUGGAAGUCACCACGCAGCACAUCUACUUCUACGACGGCAGCAGUGAGAAGGAGGAGACUGAGGAAGGGAUCGGCUAUGACUUCAAGCGCCCCUUGUCCCACCUCCGGGAGGUGCAUCUCCGACGCUAUAACCUCCGCCGCUCAGCACUGGAAUUCUUCUUCAUUGACCAGGGCAACUACUUUGUCAACUUCAAGAAAAAGGUCAGGAACAAGGUCUACUCCAGCAUCCUCGGCCUGCACCCACCCAACCAGAUCUACUUUGGCAGCCGGUCACCCCAGGAGCUGCUCAAGGCCUCAGGGCUGACUCAGAAAUGGGUCUACCGGGAGAUCUCCAACUUCGAGUACCUCAUGCAGCUGAACACUAUCGCAGGGCGCACCUAUAACGACCUGUCCCAGUACCCAGUGUUCCCUUGGAUCCUGCAGGACUACGUCUCAGAGACACUGGACCUGGACAACCCAGCCGUCUUCCGGGACCUCUCCAAGCCCAUCGGUUUGGCCAACGAGAAGCAUGCCAAGGAUGUAAAGGAGAAGUAUGAGAGCUUCGAAGACCCCACGGGUAUGAUUGACAAGUUCCACUAUGGCACGCACUACUCCAACGCGGCAGGCGUGAUGCACUACAUGAUCCGGACCGAGCCCUUCACCACGCUGCACAUCCAGCUGCAGAGUGGCAGGUUUGACUGCUCAGACCGGCAGUUCCACUCGGUCCCUGCAGCAUGGCAGGCGCGCAUGGAGAACCCGGUGGAUGUGAAGGAGUUGAUCCCCGAGUUCUUCUACUUCUCGGAGUUCUUGGAGAACCAGAACGGGUUCGACCUUGGCUCCCUGCAGCUGUCAAAUGACAAGGUGACCGACGUCGUCCUCCCAAAGUGGGCAUGCUCCCGAGAAGACUUUAUAUCCAAGCAUCGGAAGGCGCUGGAAUCCGAGUACGUGUCUGCCCAUCUCCACGAAUGGAUUGACCUCAUCUUCGGGUACAAGCAGAGAGGCCCUGCAGCUGUGGAAGCCCUGAACGUCUUCUACUACUGCACGUACGAGGGAGCCGUGGACCUGGAUGCCAUUGCUGACGAGACGCAGCGGAAAGCCUUGGAAGGCAUCAUCAGCAACUUCGGGCAGACCCCCUGUCAGCUGCUCAAGGAGCCCCACCCAGCCCGCCUGUCAGCUGAGAACGCAGCCAGGAGACUAGCCCGGCUCGACACCCAUUCCCCCAAUGUGUUCGAGAACCUUGGCCAACUCAAGUCCUUCUUCGCGGAGGGCAUCAGCGAUGGGAUCCCCCUGGUACAGGCGGUGGUGCCCAAGAACCAGGCCCAUUCCUUCAUUACGCAGGGCUCCCCGGAUGUGCUGGUCACUGUGAGCACCAACGGCCUGCUGGGAACCCAUGGCUGGCUGCCCUAUGACAAAAACAUCUCCAACUACUUCAGCUUCACCAAAGACCCCACCGUCUCCAACACAAAAACACAGCGCUUUCUCUGUGGUCCCUUUGCCCCGGGUGUAGACCUGUCCUCAAAGACAUUGAGCAUCUCUCACGACGGCAAGCUCCUCUUCAGCGGUGGGCACUGGGACAACAGCCUGCAGGUCACAUCGCUGAGUAAAGGGAAGGUCAUCGGGCACAUCACCCGGCACAUCGAUGUGGUCACCUGCCUGGCACUGGAUCUCUGUGGGAUCUAUCUCAUUUCCGGGUCCCGGGACACCACCUGCAUGGUCUGGCAGGUCCUGCAGCAGGGUGGGUUUUCCUGCGGCCUGGCCCCCAAGCCCAUCCAAGUGCUCUAUGGACACAACGAUGAGGUCACAUGCGUCGCCAUCAGGACCGAGUUGGACAUGGCUGUGUCAGGGUCAAAGGAUGGCACCAUCAUCAUUCACACCAUUCGCCGGGGCCUUUUCAUGAGGUCAAUCAAGCCGCCCUGUGAGAGCUCACUGCCUGCCACAAUCUCAAACCUCACUGUGGGGCUGGAGGGACAGAUUGUCAUCCAGACUACCGUGGAAGGGCGAUCCUCACUAAAGGACAAGUUUGCCCUACACCUUUACUCUGUCAAUGGCAAGCACCUGGCUUCCGUCUCGCUGGAUGAGGAGAUUACGUCCAUGUGUGUCACAGAGGAGUUCGUGGUGCUGGGAACGAUGCAGUGUUCACUCCAGAUCCGGGACCUGCGGAACCUCCAAGCAGCCAUGCCACCAAUGCCCAUGAAAGUUCCUGUUCACAGUGUGUCUGUGACCAAGGAGAAGAGCCACAUCCUGGUGGGGCUGGAGGAUGGGAAGCUGAUCGUGGUGGGAGCAGGCCAGCCCUCGGAGGUGCGAACGGGGCAGUUCCACAGGCGGCUGUGGCGUUCCACGCGGCGCAUCUCCCAAGUCUCGUCCGGAGAAACCGAGUACAACCCGCCCGAGUCCAAGUGAGGGUCUGGAUAGAGCUUGACCUGUCCUGGGCUGGGCUUCCUCAGGCAUUUCUGGGCAGAGGUAUCCUGCAUCAAGAGGCCUCUGUAACAUGGAGGGAAUGGAAAGACCCAGUCUCGUCACUGGCAUUGGCUUGCAGUUGUCUGAGGAGUGUGCUGAGAGCCUUGCAUCUCCAGCGCUUGGCUGUCCUGGGGGAUCUCGGCUACUGACUCUUAGGGCUGUGACAGGAGCACAGAGAUCUCAUGUAGGGAAUGUGGCCUGGGGAACCCCUUUCCAAACGGGAGAUCUACACCCACUUGAAGUGAUGCUUCUGGCCUUCCAAGGCGGGCUAUGCAGAGGACACUCCAACACCCGCCAGUUCCCUGAUUCUUUCCUGUGGAGCUUGAAGUCAGAAUUAUUUGUAUUAUCCUUUUGGGGGUGGGGGGUCUUUUUUCUUUUCCUAAAACACUGGAGCAACUGGAGGACGAGGAUGGGAGGGCGACGGCGCUGCCCCACUGCCUGUGCCCCCUGUGGGCCAUCCGGGAUCACCCCUGUAGAAACCAGAUGGCGACUGCAGCUGCGUGAGCAGCCCUCCUCUUUGGGUGGCCUUAUCCAGAGCUUGUUGCACUACGUUACAGACCUUGUACCAAAGGUCCUUCAGGCAGGAGGCCGGUCUGCUUCAGAAAAGCUUUAAUGUCUCGAGAUACUGCUGAGAGCCUGUUUCCUUUCCCCCCAGAGGGAGCAUAUGUUGGGGGGGCAACGUUUGAUAGGUAACAGGGAAAUUCCUGCUUCUCUUGAACUCACCCCAGCAUCCCAGAUGUACAUAAAAACCCCUUUGCUGGGAAAGAAGAGUGCCCCCCAUCCACCGGGGUCUUUCAAAAGAUGGCUUGUGAGCUCUCCGAGGACCAAGGCAACAACACCCGGGGGCUCUGCUGACAGUGGACUCAUGGCACGAGGGCCCCAGCCAACUUUUUCUAUAGAUUUUUAUCUUUUUUAAAAAAAGCAAAUAAACGGGUACAAUCACAUCGUCUCCCGAGACUCUCGUAUCUUCCACAGACCGCGAGCGGGAGAGGCUCGUUGGAUGACUUCAUCAGCAAUAAAACCCUGCCUUUUGUAAGCUUUGCCUUCACCCUGUGGGUCCAUUGCUGCGCAGAGCUCCGGGCAAGCUGGCUGCAUUUGGUCUCUUGGUUGCACUUUGGAUACCUCUGCUUGUCAGGGCAGGUGGAAGAGGAUUGUUUUUGGACAGUUGGGAGGGGCUGGCGCUGUGCAACAAAGGGUGGCAUGGGCAUGGGGACUUGUGGGUUUGCCUCUUCCAGCAAGAUCAGCUGUCAGUGGGAACGUGCACAUCCCACCUGCUUCUCCAGGGAGUAUGGAGCCGUCUCCAGAGCAGGGUGUUUCCACAGGGUACCCUGGAGCCCAGGCAGGGUCUUUUCUAGCUUUAAAAGGGCUUGGCUGAAGCCAAUGGCCGUGAACGUUAGCAGUGAAGAUGUCAGGUAGCAGAAGGUUGUGAUGCUGAGCUUUUUCUUUGCGUUUCUCGCUCGUCUCAAUAUUGACCUCAUCCAAAAGCUCCCCUUGUCUGUCUGUCUAUCAGCCAUCUCUCCAUCCAUCGUUUUGCUCAUGCAUCAAGUGCUUUAACCCAGGAAGAGGUUUGGUUUUUGCAGCCAAUUGCCAACACUUGCCUGCUCUUACCCAACCUAUCUGAAUCCCAUAGACUCCCAGGCCCCUGAUUGUCACAAGGUUUGGGAACAGGUCCCAUUCUAUGCCUGAUCAUCUUGCUGCUCCGGAGGAUUAAGGGCAAGGUGGGGAGUGAGAUGGAUAUUUGGACUUGUUUGGAAGCAGCGGUUGGAGUCUAUGGAGCAUCUGUGCUGAGGGAGCCUUCUGGAAAUAACACCCUCAUCCCCAUCCAGAGACGCAUGGUAACUGUAGGGAGCUCCAUUGGAAAUGGAGAGCUCCAUGAUCUCCAUACCUGAUGUGUGACCCCCUUCCUGGAGUAUGAGGAUACAGGUGGCUCAGAAAGGAAGGGAAUGGAGCAGGCCUGGUAGGUGCCAUCCCAGUAACCGAGCCAGGAAGAGAUGCAGGUCUCCCUACCCAGCAUCCUCCCAUGUUCAGUGACAUAGCAUCAAGACCAUGGCCUGGAGACGGGAGUGCUGUCUCCCCAUGCCCGGACGUGCCUCCUAGACGUCAUCGAGACACAGCGAGGGUCCUUGGCAAGGGGAGUCAGGCUGGGGGUGCAAAGAGCAGCACGUUGGAAAGUAGCGUCGAGUCUUCAGCGCAACUCUGAUGAGCUCGCAAGCCACUGCCCUCCAUCCCACUGGCCAUGCACUUGGCUUUUAUUAGUUGCAGCAUUGGGUUAAUUAAAAACCAUAGCCCCUUGUUUGAUCUCGGCCCACAGCCUUCCUUCACAGACUGUUUGUGUUGAACUGUAGCCAUUGUCUGUCCUGAAUGAUUUGGACUUUCUUUUCCCUUCCUCGCCUUGACACCUCCUGGCUACAAGCAGGGCGUCAGCUGCCUUGGAUUCCAGCAGCUGAGAGGAAAGGCACCAGGCACGGCACAGCUCACACUGGAGAAUAUAUCUGCUGCCGGCCCGGGACAGUCUGCAAAAGCUAACUUGCAAAGCCGAAGAGCAGAGACCCCUUUAAAAAGGGAAUGUUUGGCUGGUCACCCACCAAAGCCGGUUCCACGUGGACGAGGCGAUCCCCACGGGUGGCUGGCGAGAUCCACUGCUGGCAGUGCCUCGCUUCUUGUCUUUUAUUUUUACUCUUUUAAGAGGAGAAACAGGGUCAGGCAGGAAGCUGAAACAGUGUCCCCAGCCUCCCUCCUGGGGCAGAGAUACCAGCUGGAACCACACCAAGUGCAAUAUUUGCAUCUCGUUGAGAAGAAUGUUUUUUGUUAACUGCGUGUUCUGUGUCGCGGUUUGUAUGUAUGUAAUAUAUAUAUAUAAAAUAUAUAUAUAUAUAUAUAGUUUUUUGUAACUUUUUUGAAUGAUGAUGUACAUGUAAAGAUUUCUACCUUCUUUUUUCCUUCUUAAAAAAA